AAGGAGGCUCGUUAAUCGAAAAGGUCUUUUGUUCCGUCUACAACUAUUUGACUGUACUCAUUGUUUAUUUGAUUUCAGGAUUGUGCAUAAUAUAUUAAAGCGCCUAUUCUAUUGUAUGCGCAACAUAAUAUAACACAAUCCAACGCAAGAUACUGCAUGGUACACCUGCCUUACGUUAAUGGGAUAUUAAACCUCAUGGGUCGCAGUACAACUGGUCAAUCUAGUCCUGUGAUUGAAGUUAAACCGUCAUUUUGUUGGGAUUCAAUGUUGGUACGACUAGCUGGAUUCUCUGGGGCAUUGGCUGUUAUUGCGAGCGCUUAUGGUGCUCAUGGUUUCAAAGAUGAACAAGAUAAACAAAGACAAAUUUUCAAAACUGGGGCUUAUUAUCAUUUGGUUCAUUCGGUGGCUUUGCUAACCACGCCUUUAUUUAGACGUCCUGUUUUGUCUGCUACUCUUUUCGCCACUGGAACUCUACUAUUCUCUGGUUCAUGCUAUUAUGUAGCUCUAACUGGAGAUGAUCGAUUUUCUAGAAUAGCACCUAUUGGUGGCAUGACCCUUGUGUUCGCCUGGCUUUCUUUGGUUUUCUAACAAUUGCGCCAACUAUUUUGAGAGCUGUUUAUUACUAAUCGUUCAUUUUUCUACAAAUUAAUCGGUAUACCAUAAACAUGUCAUUUUAUUUUUAUUCUCAGCAUACUAGUUAAUAAAUAGUUUAUAAUUGGAGUA